AUGACGCACCGCAGCAGUGAAUGGAACGAAGUACACAAGCGAAUCGCCGAGUUGCUUGGCUCUCCAGAUGUUACUCAACGUCAGUUGAAUGGCCUAGGAGGUGGCAUCUCCAGUCUCAGCAAAGCAGGUACCUAUUCCACCAUCCUUCUAAGUCAGUGCUCAUUAGAAUACACUUUUCUUCAGGUCGGAGUCGAAGACGGUGUGGCUCAUAUGUCUGGGAACUGCGGUAAUCUGACUGCUGCCGUUGGGCCAUAUGCUGUCGAGAUAAGUUUGCUGGUAGACCAGCUUCGACAGCAUUCCAUUCUUGACCUCACCCGUGGCAUUCGCAUCAAUACGCAGGGUCGCCUGUACCGGUACGCUGUCCCUGCAACAGUCGAGCUCUGGAACAGAAACACCGACAAGAUCAUCCGGAGCACUUUCUGGGUCAGUCUAGACCAACGUAGCUCACAAGAGCGGUGGAACUUUGAGCCUCGAGGCCAUUUCGAAAUGCCUGGAGUGCCGGGAACAGGUUCUGAAAUUCGCCUUCAGUGGCUCAAACCUGGCGGCUCGAAGACUACAAGCACCUUUCCCACUGGUUCUGCUUCAGAAUCUGUGAACGUCAAUGGUCGCACAUUCGCGGUCUCCUUGGUCGAUGUGUCCAACCCCGGAAUUUUCGUUGAUGGUAGAGAGCUAGGCUGGGACCCAUCGCGGAAGCCGACUGAGCUGGACGAUAAUCCCGACUUGAUGGCAACACUGGACCAGAUCCGACAAGCCGGAACAAAAAAGAUGGGUCUCGAUCCCAAGAAACCCAGCGUGCCCAAGAUCGUCAUGGUCUUCCCAUCCAAUUCGGACGACCGACACAUAGAUUGCCAGGCUCUUUCUAUGGGCAAGGCGCACAAGGCAGUACCCGGCACGCUUGCCAUGAACCUUGCGGCUGCCUGUCAAAUUCCGGGAACUGUGCCCAACAUGCUCGCGCGGACUGCUAACGACGGAACGGUCACGAUCGGGCACCCAACUGGCACGGCUACAAUUCGGGCCAAAGUUGACGGCAGCAAUGUCGACUACGUGGAGAUCAGCAGGACAGCACGCUGUCUCAUGCGCGGUACCGCUUACGGAAUGCCCAGCAACUACGAGUGCGUUCCGAUGAAAGACGAACAGAUUGAGAGAUUGAAGAAAACAAGGCAGAGCUGA